CGCAGCAUCCGUUGGGGGCGCGCGGCGGUGUUGGUCUCUCGUAGGAACAAGGCAGCCAUUGCCGCCGCGGCCUGGAAGAGCCGUUUCCUCGCGGCCCGCAGGACUCAGCGUUCGGCGACGGGAUGGCUGGGAGCCGUCGGGGCUUGAAGCAUCAACCUUAAGAUGAGUGGCUGCCGUGUUUUUGUUGGACACUUAAGCUCACGUGCUCGGGAACGGGAUGUGGAGAAAUUCUUCAAAGGAUAUGGACGUAUACGAGAAAUCCAUCUAAAAAAUGGAUUUGGAUUUGUGGUUUUGGAAGACUCUGUCUGGAUCCCCUCUGAGCUGCCUUUUCUUCAGGCUGAACAAACACGGCGCUCUCAACCCUUCUUUGUUCUCCAACCUUCUGAUCAGUUUUGGUGGCCCUCUGCUGGUCCUGCUCCAGUCUUUCAGUGUCCGUCUUGAGCUGGACGGAUCAAAACUGGACACAGUGUUCCAGGAAUUUGAAGACCACAGGGAUGCUGAUGAUGCAAUUUAUGAACUAAAUGGUAAAGAGUUGUGUGAUGAAAGGGUUACAAUUGAGCAUGCUCGAGCCCGAAGAGGAAGGGGCAGAUUCCCACAACGGUUCAGUUAUUACCAGUCGCAGAGUGGAUCUAGCCGGUAUGGACCUCCUGUUCGUACUGAACACAGGAUCAUAGUUGAAAACCUUUCAUCCCGUAUCAGCUGGCAGGACUUGAAAGAUGUCAUGAGAAAGGCAGGGGAGGUGACCUAUGUGGAUGCACACAGAAACAACAGGAAUGAAGGGGUUGUGGAAUUUGCAUCUUACAGUGAUAUGAAGAGCGCACUGGAAAAAUUGGAUGGCACUGAGCUGAAUGGACGCAGAAUUAAACUGACUGAAGAUCACAGAAGGCAUAGAAGCAGAUCUCGAUCAAGGAGUUACUCAAGAUCUCGCAGCAGGUCCAGGUCUACAGGAUCUUCCAGAUCGGACAGCCGGUCCAGGUCCAGGUCAAGAUCAAGGUCCAGAUCCCGGUCCCGAUCUCGAUCCCGGUCCCGAUCUCGAUCCCGGUCUCGUUCUCGCAGUCGUACACCUAAAAAAAGUUACUCGCAGAAAAGCCACCGCUCCAGCUUGUUAGCUUCUUCCCCGUCUCCCUCUUCUUCUAAAAGAAAAUCUCGUUCUAGGUCGAGCUCUGCUCAUAGCCGUAGUUAACCUGCUCUUAGAGAUGUAUUAAUGCAUUUAAUUUGAUUCAAGUUUCUUGAAGACUUGAAGACAAAUUAUACAUGAGAACUGGGAGGGGAAGAGUUAACGUGAUGAAAGGGUAACCUCCUCUUAAGUUGCCAAAGUGCCUGUCAUCAAAUAGGCCACUCUGUGAGGAGGGGCUGCUAGCUUUCUCCUUUCAGUGAAGUCUGGAGUGGGAAGUCUUUAUUUUUUUUUCUGUGCUAUUAGUAAACAUUUCUAUCAUAGAUAUAUUAUGUACACAUAAUGCUGAGGUAAUGGGAUGAGACAAUACGCUGCUUUCUCCCUCUCCUGCCCCCCACUUUCCCCUCCACCUCCAAGGCCUUCGACUUCCAAAAUACUAUGUUAGCUUUUGUCCUUGGUAUUAAGUCCGAGAACAGGAAGUAUAGAUUUUAUUCCUUUAAGGUUCUGUGGCUACUUUUCUGUGUGAGAAUGAAUGGACCAGCUGAAUUUAGUUUAGAGUUCACUCCCCCCCCCCCAUUGCUUGGCUUAACAGGCUGUUUAAGUUCCAGCUUUAAAUGACCUUGAUAAUAUGCUUAAUUUGCAACAGACUUUCAAGAGUACACAUUGGUCAGUUCAAUAUUGCUCACUUGGAUAGUGAAUCAAUACAAUGUUAACCAGUAAUGAAAGCUGGAAUUUCCUGUUAAAAUUAGAUGUACCAUCCAGAUGUCAGGAUUAUUGGGAAUCCAUUAUACUAAUUUUCCAGUAAUGCACUAGUAUGUGGUAUUGUAUGUAGAGGCCUUAUUUGACAGGUGACUCCAUAAAACUGCACAGAAAUGUCAAUAUGCAUGUCCAUGUUUUUGAUGUUUAUAAAAGUGACAUAGCUUUCAUACCCAGAAGUAUGAUACUGAAUAAUGUGUGUAUGACUAGCAAUAGUCUUGAUGGAAAGGAAGGUUAUUUUAGUAAUGACAGCAGCAAAAAAAUCCCAGGAAAAGUGUAGUCAGUUGUGACAGGAAAAGUUAAUCAUGUUAAAGCAUAAAGAGGAUAAUUUCUUUAAAUCUCUUGAAUGCACAGUUGUUUUGAUUAAUAGCAAUUUCCACUGCAAAUACUGUUUGUUCUUUUAAUUUGGAAUUAGAUUUUUUUUUUUUAACUUCUGUAUUGUUAAAGAAGGGAAACAUUUUUGGAAAAAUAUGUAAAUUAAUCCCAAAGUCUUACGUGUGUUUAAAUGUACCAUUCCUAAUAAAAUAAAACUUUUUUCUGGCUUA